CCCCGAACGCAGCCUGCUGCGGAGCUUGCAAGAGCCGGAGCGAGCCGGGCCGGGUGGCGGCUGCGUGGAGGCGGGCGUGUUGCAGAACCUGACUUCUGGAGCAUUGCACCUGCGUGACCUCCUGAGCCGUCAAGCUUAUGAGGAGGUUCUGGCAGGCAAAACAGUGCCUAGCGAAGACACCCAGGAGGAGGGAGAAGGAGAAAGAGAACGGGCGCCGGAGCUGAAGCCUACUGUAGCCAGCCAUGAGAUCAAUCCGAUCAUUUGCAAAUGAUGACCGCCACGUGAUGAUGAAGCACUCAACCAUUUACCCGUCUCCGGACGAACUUGAAGCUGUCCAGAACAUGGUUUCCACGGUGGAGUGCGCCCUUAAGCAGGUCUCCGAUUGGAUGGAUGAAAUGAGCAGGGCCAGCAGGGCUGAGGGCAGCAUGGACGGCAAGGAGGAGCCUUCAGAUGUGGGCAGCGGCAAGGACCAUGGUGGCCGGGUCUUGUGUGGAGUGAUGAGGAUUGGCUUGGUAGCUAAAGGUCUGCUGAUAAAAGACGACAUGGACUUAGAACUGGUUCUUAUGUGCAAAGAGAAGCCCACUGAGACCUUACUGUCUCUCGUCAAAGACAACCUCCCCAUCCAAAUUAUGAAACUCACAGAGGAGAAAUAUCACGUGGAGCAUCAUGUGGCUGAGGCUGCCAUCAUCAUCCGUAGCACAAAGGAGCUUCCGCUAAAUCUCAAGGUGACCCUAACCUCCCCUCUAAUCCGGGACGAAGCUGAGAAGAAGGACGGAGUAGACAGUGUUCCCACGAAAGACCCUCCGGACUUACUCGACAGGCAAAAAUGCCUUGAUGCUUUGGCGUCUCUGCGGCACGCCAAAUGGUUCCAGGCAAGGGCAAAUGGACUAAAGUCCUGUGUGAUUGUGCUGCGUAUUCUUCGAGAUUUGUGCAACAGAGUCCACAUUUGGGCACCGCUGAAAGGAUGGCCACUGGAGCUCAUUUGUGAGAAAGCCAUAGGCACGUGCAAUAGACCCUUGGGUGCCGGUGAAGCUCUGCGGCGAGUGAUGGAGUGUUUGGCAUCAGGGAUCCUGCUACCUGGUGGGCCUGGUGUGCACGAUCCCUGUGAGCGGGAGCCAACGGAUGCCUUGUCCAAUCUGACUGUUCAACAGAGAGAAGCCAUUACCCACAGUGCCCAGCAUGCCUUGAGACAGUCAGCUUUUGGGCAGAUCUACAAGGUGCUGGAAAUGGACCCUCUGCCUUCCAAUAAGUCGUUCCAGAAAUAUUCCUGGUCGGGAACCGACAAAGAAGGAGCUGGCUCUUCCACCUUGAAGAGGCCUUUUGAAGAUGGGCUGGGAGAUGAGAAAGACCCAAACAAAAAGAUGAAGCGUAAUUUGAGGAAAAUCCUUGACAGCAAAGCAAUAGAUCUCAUGAAUGCUUUGAUGCGUCUGAAUCAGAUACGGCCUGGAUUGCAGUACAAGCUCCUUUCUCAGUCAGGCCCGGUCCAUGCCCCGGUCUUCACCAUGUCAGUUGAUGUGGACGGCACAACAUAUGAAGCUUCAGGGCCUUCCAAGAAAACUGCCAAGCUUCAUGUCGCAGUGAAGGUUUUGCAAGCAAUGGGCUACCCCACCGGUUUCGAUGUGGACAUGGAAUGUACAAGCUCAGAUGAGAAGUCAGACACGGAAGGCAAAAACGAGACAGUCUCUUCAAACUCAAGCAAUAAUACUGGAAACUCUACAAUUGACACCUCUGCUACGUUGGAGGUAAGAACUCAGGGUCCCAUCCUCACAGCUAGUGGCAAGAAUCCGGUGAUGGAGCUCAACGAGAAGCGGCGAGGUCUCAAGUAUGAGCUCAUUUCCGAGACAGGCGGCAGCCAUGACAAGCGCUUCGUGAUGGAGGUAGAAGUAGAUGGGCAGAAGUUCCGAGGGGCUGGUCCCAACAAGAAGGUGGCCAAGGCUAGUGCAGCUCUGGCAGCUCUCGACAAGCUCUUCUCCGGCCCCAACGCAGCUGCCAACAAAAAGAAGAAGAUUCUGCCCCAGACAAAAGGGAUCGUAAACCCAGCCAUGUCUGCAGCGGUCCAAGUGGCUCGAGGAAGAGGGAGAGGUGCCCUCACACGAGGCGCUUUUGUUGGGGCAACAGCUGCCACUGGUUACCUAGCACCAGGCUAUGGGGCAACUUAUGGAUACAGCACAGCUACUGCCGCGCCAGCUUACGGUUUGCCCAAGAGAAUGCUUCUGUUGCCAGUUAUGAAACUUCCCACCUACCCAAUGCCCCCUUAUUCCUUCUUUUAGCAAAUGGCAGAAACCAGUCCCCUCUGACUGACUGACCACUGCAGUGCAGUACAGAAUGCCAGAAGUAAAGUGAUACAGGCAGAUGGACAGGACGUCCUGCCUGCUUUUAAUCCUGGUUUUCUUUGAGCGCAUACUUGAGCAAAAACCAUUUGUAAAGAAGCAUCUUUUCCUACUUUUUUAUUUUAAGAAAAUGCAAAUUUAGUUCUCUUAAAAACUUGAAGCAAGCAAACAAUGGUCUGUGAAAAUGGUUACCUCAUUCCCCCCCCCCAAAUAACUUAUACUAGCCUUCUGUUAUAGAGAAUAAACUUAGAUGCUUAAAUUCAUUGUUUUUAAGUGAAGUACCCAAAUUAUGUAAAACUUUAAAAAAAAACUUGUGAAGGAUGUAUAGAUGAUAAGAUGCUGAUCACAAAAGAAUAAUAAAACCAGUUCUUGUUGUCAUGGAGAGUUUCCGCCUGUUUUCUAACGCAGGGCCAUGGCCUCCGUGUGCCUGUCCCCUUUAGGCUUUUGGAUAUGUGGUGUAGCUGCUUUUCUAAAAAGGAACUGGAGUACCAAACAUACUCUCUGCACUAAAAAUAAAAUAAAAGAUGACCCACCCCCUGAACAGCCUGUUUAGCUUUGUAAAUACCAAGUCGUGUAAUCCAGCAGAAUAUGGGCUCAGUUACUGCUUUGGAUGAAUUCCAUGUGAAGGUUUUGUGAGGUCCUUCGUAGGAUAUGCCACCCCAGAUCUUGGAAGGACUUCGGAUCUCUUUAGCAAUUAUAGCGAUAAUGCGGACUAUGUCUACAUGCGAUGGAUUGCUCAUCCUUUGGUGCAGUCUGCUGUUAAUUUAGGGAGGUUGCCUGGACACCUUCUGAUCCAGAAUAGGCCCUCUUACUGUGUUAGGAUUCAUUUUGCUACUUUGGGAACCAGAGAUGGUGCCUAUAGAGAAGUUUGGGGUGUCCUCUUCCCCUGCUGCCACCCUCCACCCCAAUUUCAAAUGAGUUAAGGCAUAUCAAAUAAUCCAAAUUGAGAAAGUUCUCAGACCAUAAAUGAGAGCGUUGGAAUAUAAUAAAAGUCCAAUACAGUGGUACCUCGCAAGAUGAAUGCCCUGCAAGACGAAUUUUUCACAAGACGAAUGCGUCUUGCAAUCUGAUGGUCUUGCGAAAAUUCGUCUUGCGAAUCGCGGUUUCCCAUAGGAAUGCAUUGAAAUUUAAUUAAUGUGUUCCUAUGGGCAAAAAAAAGAAAUUUCAAAGCAUUCCUAUGGGAAACCGCGAUUCGCAAGACGAAAUUUUUCACAAAACGAUUUGACUCGCGGAACAAAUUAAAUUAAUCUUGCGAGGCACCACCGUAGUUAGAUCUAGUGGAGUUAAAUGCUCCAAUAGUUAACUCCUUUAAUUCCAAAGUCUGCUCCCCCUAUCACCUCCUCCCCUUUUAAAAAAAGAAACCCAACCUCAAAUAAAUGAGCCCAAAUCACGGAUGUUCUUGUGGCCUCCCUCGCUCAGUCUGGGAUCUUGUAGCUCAUUGGUGUGAAUUUUUUUUGCCCCCCUUUUUUCAGAGCUAAAACUAAGGCCUCUCCUUUCCCCAUCCCUCCCACCCACAACCUUGUACAAUUCUAAGAAUCUAAAGCAGCAACACGGUCCCCAUGAAAACUUGCUACCUUAAUUGUCCUGGUCUCGUCCAGUGCUGCUGUGGAAAGUUAGCCAUUUCAGCCAUAGGCCAGUACAGUACCUUGCCUUUUUCUUGUAACAUUCGAGCAUUGAAAGCAAAAGCGGCGAUUUGCUGGGUUAUGUGCCAUGGGUUUGCCUGCUUCACUUUGAGAUCCAGGAGACUGUUCUCGAGAAAGACUGUGUGUGGUUAUGGGGGGGCUCUAGGGGACUUAGCUAAGGGAACUGCUAUUAAGGCAUCACCCCCACAAAAAAUGUACCGUAAGUGUUUCUCUUGCUCUCUUCUUUUCAAAUGUCACCCAUUUGUGGCUCACCUUUUUUUAUGAUGAUUUUGUGCUGCCCAGAGGAGGCCUUUAUAUACUCUGCUCUCCUCCAGAUGUAUUUGGACAGGUGAAGGUGGGUCUUUGUAAGUGUGUGUGUGUGUGUGUGUGGAAAGGAGGUUGAGUUUGGGGGGGGGUGUCUCUAAACCUCCAUGGAGGAAGAGCUCUAUCCCUAAGAUGCCUUCCUCAGAGGCAGAGUAUAUAAACAAGCAGCUUUCUUCAGGGUUAACCACAGUUGUGGUUUUGAGAAAAGGUGGCGGUGGAAAGUGAGCACCUAAGUAUUAUGGAAUGUUUCCACUUUGUCCUCUGGCUUUUUGGUUCAGUGGCGGUGAUGCUUUAAAGGCCGUCUUGGAUGGGCAGUAGGGCGAUGGCUUUUUUACAACCUCAUUUCCCUGUAUCAUAAUUUGACGAGCUUUCAUUAAAGAUUAGAUAAAAUAUUACUUUCAAAGAGAUUUGUUUUAAAAAAGACCUCACGCACAAAAUGAUUUUAAAAAUUUUAUUUAUCAGUUUUUUGACCAUUUUUGAAGUCACUGUAGGCAGAUAUACCUAAAAUUGAACCCAAGCUUUAGAGUCACAUACAUAAAACAUUAUAUAGGGCCAUCAAACACACAAGGAAGCUUUUUUUAGCUGCAGUAACAGUAUAGAUGCCGCUAGAGGACGAUGUUUUGCUACCUCUCCUGUAGGUUCUUUUCCCAGCAUGCCCGGCAGGGUCUGCUGGCUGAGUUUUGAGGUCCCAAAAAGGGGCUUUUACCUUGUGCAGGUGUGACAUUUGUAUAGCCUAUGUUGCUAAGAACACUCCCCAUUGUGGAAUGUGGUGUUGUGUCCAAAUUUGAUAUGGAAUAUAUAUAGAAUUGUUAAUACAAUUUUAUGAAAUGGUAAAACCGCAUACAAAAAAAUUAAAAACUGUGCAUAACCUUUUUUAAUAUUUCAAUGGAAUAAACCUCAUUUUAGUCAUUAAUAGGCAAAAGUUCAUCCAUUUGUGCUACAGGAAAUAAUUUUUGAGAAAAAUAAUAAUGAAAAAGUCAUCACCCUAUUGUACAGGGAUUGCUAUUUUAAAUGCAUGGGGGUGGAGGUUGGGAAUGGGACUGAGAUUUGGGGUGCCUUCAGAUCGAGAACAGUAUUGAUAAAACCCUUGACUGUCUUGCUGGCCUAUGGAUGAAAGGGAGCCCAUCACUGAGCUUGGAAAAGCAUAGCAGAGAAGACUAUCAAAUAAAGAUUUGUUUCCAUGCAAAUUGGCAGCUUGAUAAAUUUCAAGGGUUGGGGGUGUUUUUUGGCGUGUGUUUUUGUUUUGGUUAAUGCCAUGAAAUUCUCCCAACCCACACUAAAAAACUUUUAAGCACAAAUCUUGCUGACUUUAUUGAGGACCCGCUUUCCAGAGAGAUCCUCUCCCUGGUCAGUUGUGACAGCUCUCUCCGUGGCUGCUAUGCUCUUUUCCAACUUGAUGGCAAAAUCAUUUCCAAUAAUUGAUAUGAAGUCAUUUUCCCUGCCCUCUCCUCUCCAUUUAUUUUUUCGUCAUGUCGGGAGUUACUAACCACGUCUGUAAACCUGCCCUUUUGCUGCAUAUUUUACAUUUCUCUGCUUUACUUGAAAAUCCUGAGAAGCUAUCGGUUCCUUAUUUUUACAUGCCGACAAAUAUAUGAAAGGGGGGGGGGAGAGCAGAUAACUGUUAACUUUUUUUUUUGGUUGCUAAUAUAGGAUGGUUCCAAAUAAUUUUUUAUUUACCUAAAAAAGAACCCCGACUACCCCAAAAAGGUAUCAAAAAAAGUGCCCAUUUUGCAAUGAAAAUCCCACUUACAGCUUGAAAGAGCAGAGAAAUUUAAGCGGCGCUCGCUACUUUUUCAUUUUCUUUAAUUAACCUGCAAUUUCUCUUCCUCUUGCUUCUCUGCUCUUUUCUCUGCUGUAGGUGGCUUUUUCAUUGACGGCCCUUAUUGCCAACCUCUCGACAUGGCUCCUUUUAUCAUUCACUUGGGCCCUCAAGAUUUCUUCUCUGACUUCUAGAGCAAACAGGUUAUGCGGUUCGGAAAAAGGUGCUUCCCCCCCCCUCCAACAAAUGUUUUUUAAAAGCAAGAGCUAUGACAGGACCUGGAAGGAGGGGAGCGGGGGGGGGCAGCCUUCGGCACUCAGAUUUUGGGACUCUCUAGUUUUCUCUUUCAGGGAAAAGAAAAGAAAAGCUUGCUUAUAUAUAUUUUUUAAUUCUCAACUUUCCUGAACUCCCAAAAAGCAAUACAACCCACCCCGGCUCUUAAAACCACAGCAAUAGAUGUACAAAAAGAAUGUCAUUUGGCUACUUCUGCAUUUCACUAAAAGAGGGUUGGGGGUUUUUUGCAUUCUGAGCACUGGCCUAGCUGCUCGGGUCAAAUCGUUGACACUCCAGUUUGGGCUUUUGAGUUUGAGCAAUGGGAGGGGACACUUUUUCUCUCUCUCUCCAUUCCCCAUGCCCACCCCCUGUAUUGCAGCAAUGGGGUGGGAAGUUUCCUGGUUUAUAGAUUGGGGGGGUUGCGGGGGGGAGUUAAGAAAGCUUCAGUCCUAAUGCACAACUUUGUGAAACUUAUAGGCUAUUUCACCUGCAAAUAAAUGUUUCCUCACUGCCGCUGCUGCCCCCGUCUCCAUGAGCAUUUGCCCUAGAAACCUCAUGGCCUGAAGGGUGCCCUUGGAGGGUGCUGGAGGUCUUUAAGCAGAGGCUUGACAGGCAUAUGUCAAGAAUGCUUUGAUGGUGUUUCCUGCUUGGCAGGGGGUUGGACUGGAUGGCCCUUGUGGUCUCUUCUAACUAUGAUUCUAUGGGUCCAUGGGGAACAAAUUCCUUAGGGGGGAAUCCAACCCAAUGGCUAGAAAGAGAGUGCAGAACCUUUCGGUUCAGAUUAUAGCUCAGCAGUGGAUCUUCUGUGUGGCUUUGGUUAAGAGUCAGGCCUUUCCUAUAAAAUGGGAGCAAUAAGCCUACCUUGCAAAAAACAAAACUCCUUUGUAAGGACAGGUGUAUCACUUAUAUUAUCAAUGCAGCCAAUCUUCAAGUCCUGUUGGGUUUUUUUGGGGGGGGGGGCAAUAGCAGCUCUCUUAUUCCAGCAGAGCUUGUGAGGGAUGAGCUCUGCAGGCUGUGUCCUGGCCGACAUCUCUCCAUAGCAAGUGAAUCCUUGCUAUAUCUGCUUCUCAGGAGGUUUAGCAGAAAUCGCACUUCCAGCCAUUCUGGACUUCUGUUUAUAAAGUUAAGCUUGAACUGUGGCUGGAAGAGGAAUAGCACUUCUAUUUAUUGGCCUAAAGAAUGUGUCUGUUACUUCCUUUUCAACCAUGCUGCUGUUUCACUGCACCUUACUGUUAACAGGCUUUCCUUUGUAGUUUUUUUCACUUGUAAAAUGAAUGUAAAUACCAUGGGAGGAUUUCCUUUUCUUUUUUUACAUAUUUAUUUCUUUGGUUAAAUACCAAUUGAAGUUGUGUUUUUAGUGUCCUACUCAAGGAAUCGACCAUAAGGAAAAUAUUGUUUGUGUUUUGUCUUAUACACCAUUAGCACAGAGGCAGGCAGCAUUCAGACCACUUAGUGUAAGAGUGUCUGCUUUGCACGCAGAGGGUCCCAGUUGAAUCCCCAUGGCAUCCCCACAUGGGCCUGGGAAGCCUGGAAAGCCACUGUGCCAAUCAGCGUAGGAGCUGGGUGACCUGGUUCCUAACACACUUCUGAGCAGGUGGUUCAGUUAUAAUAUAUAAUAAUAAUAAUUUAUUAUUUAUACACCGCCCAUCUGCCUGGAUUUCCCCAGCCACUCUGUGCAGCUUCCAACAGCAUAUUAAAAUACAAUAAUCUAUUAAACAUUUAAAAGCCUCCCUAAACAGGGCUGCCUUCAGAUGUCUUCUAACUCUGGCAGCUGUUUUUCUCUUUGACAUUGGAUGGGAGGGCGUUCCACAGGGCAGGCGCCACCACCGAGAAGGCCCUUUGCCUGGUUCCCUGCAACUUGGCUUCUCGCAACAAGGAAACCGCCAGAAGGCCCUCGGCACUGGACCUCAGUGUCCGGACAGAGCGAUGGAGGUGGAGACGCUCCUUCAGGUAUACUGGACCAAGGCCGUUUAGGGCUUUAAAGGUCAGCACCAACACUUUGAAUUGUGCUUGGAAACGUACUGGGAGCCAAUGCAGGUCUUUCAAGACCAGUGUUAUGUGGUCUCGGCGGCUGCUCCCAGUCACCACUCUAGCUGCCGCAUUCUGGAUUAGUUGUAGUUUCCGGGUCACCUUCAAAGGUAGCCCCACAUAGAGCACAUUGCAGUAGUCCAAGCAGGAGAUAACCAGAGUAUGCACCACUCUGGCGAGACAGUCUGCAGGCAGGUAGGGUCUCAGCCUGCGUCCCAGAUGGAGCUGAUAAACAGCUGCCCUGGAUACAGAAUUAACCGAUGUCUCCAAUGACAGCUGUGAGUCCAGAAUGACUCCCAGGCUGCGCACCUGGUCCUUCAGGGGCACAGUUGCCCCAUUCAGGACCAUUACUGUUGUCUACACUGAAAAAUCCUGAUCAACCCUCAAUUUAGAGCCAUGCUAGGCUGGCCAGCUCUAUUGACAACCAGAGUUUCGUUCCUUGCUCUCGUUCUCUCUUUUGUGUUCCAUCUGAAUGACCUAAAAGCAGCGCAGCUGGACCAGAAGGGAGCCUGGUUUGUGUAUGGGUGGGGAACCUGUGGUUGGUGGCUGAUGACAGCUGGAAUCCACAGUUUCCCCAGCACUCUCUCAGUCCAGAGCCCUCCUUGACAGUGGCCUGUGCUGGUGGCUGACCGAUGGUUCUGGUUUUGGGCACCCGCAGUUAUAAUGAUGAAAAAGCCUUACCUUCACUCUGCGAGUUUGCCUAACUCCCCCCUUUUAAAGCAGCCUAUGCUGGAACCAGGGUGGAUUUGAUUUAAAUAAAACUGAUUUAAAUCACAAUUUAAAUCACUAGUCAGUAAGGCUUGAUUUAAAUCAUAGUUUUCUACAUAAAGACUAAUUCUUGCUGGUAUAACUUUAAUAUGCAAGUAGAUGAAGAUUUUUAGAAUAACAACUUUUCAUAUUAGUUUUUUUUAACCCCAGUUUAAUAGGUUAAUCAUUCAUUUGGACAACUUUUCUGUUGUACUUAGAAAGGAGAAAAAUAAUCAUUACCUUAAUAAUAACAAUUUAAAUAGAUUUAUUCAACUGAAACAAUAACAUUACAGCAUAUGUUAUUUGCUUAAACAAACAUCCAUGUUUGUUAACUAAUUUGGCUAAACAAAAACAAAAUAUAUAUCUUUUAAGAAACUUAAAUACUGUCCACUCCAAACAAUCAGAAAAAUAUUGUUUCUAUUCUAUUCACUGAACUUCUUGAAAGUUAGCACUGAAGGGGUUGAUUCUGUAUUCAUAGGUUUGUAGAACAAUAGGAUUAAGGUAUUUUUCUCAACUCUGUUCAUGUUAUAACAUUUUUGCUGUGAAGAAGAGGCAUGUGAUCUCUGCUGAGUCAAAUUCAGUUUUGAGAACUGCAAAAAUAACCCAAGCAUCUGGGAUAAUAUCUUGUAGGCAGAGAAACUGCCCAAUAAUCUUACAAAAACCUCUGGAAGAGCAUGACAUUGUGAAUGGAUUAAUGGAUUUUAUUUACCAAAAUAAUUAAACAUAUACAACCUUAUUCUACAUAAUUAAAAAUAAUCUUUAUUUCAUGAUGGAAUAACCUUUGGAUGGUAAUAUAUUUUCCUCAAAAAGCAUUUUAUUUAAAAAAAAAUCUGAUUUAUUUUUUAAAAAUCAUUUAUUUUUAUCCACCCUGGCUGGAGCUGCCAUACUUUUUCUGGCACUGAAUCCCCACCCAUUUUAGAUGCUGCAGUUAUUGAGGUGGGGGUGGCUGGUGCUUCCACAGGCCAUACCCCCCCCUCUUCUGGGCUUGGGCUGAAACCACCACCCUCAUUGCUGGCUACUGAAGAACAGAAGAGGAUGUCCCAUAAUAACUGUCAUGAAUAAGAAAUGAAUGUUUUCUUAUCAAUAAUUAAAUCUGAUCACUUAACUGA